AUGCCCGUGCUGAAGCAGCUGGGUCCGGUGCAGCCCAAGACACGACUGGAGCGAGGCGCGCUGUCCAUCUCGGCGCCACUCGGCAACUUCAGGCACAUGCUGCAUGCGGGGCGUGGCAGCGACGCCUUUGGGGACACCUCGUUCCUGAGCCGCGACGGCGGAGGGCCGCCCCCUGAACCCCGGGUGCCGUCGGCGGGAAUCCCGCGCUGCUCACCGCUGCCUGCUGUCCUGCAGACCCCCGCGCCCGCGCUCCGAGCGCCCGCUGACCCGCUACUGUCCUUCCACCUGGAUCUGGGCCCUUCCAUGCUGGACGCCGUGCUGGGCGUCAUGGACGCGGGGAACUUUUAG